UUGUGUCAACGCCGGGGACCAUCUGGACGCACAGUGUACGCUUUCAUAAACACAAUUUUGGUCCUUUUCGUUGACCGCUACAAUUAGAUUUGUUUUACUUAAACAGUACCGAAGUUUUCUUUUAAACAAAACUUACGUAAAAUAGUGUGUCUAAUAGUGAGACUGAAUGUCCCCAUUAGCGUUGUAUCGUCUCAUAGCGUGUGAAGCUUUCUAAUAAGCGCUUCUACUCGGCUUGUACCAUGGCUAACCGUACCGUCAAGGAUGCCAAGAAUGUGCACGGCACGAAUCCGCAGUACUUGAUCGAAAAAAUUAUACGCUCCCGUAUAUAUGAUUCCAAAUACUGGAAAGAGCAAUGCUUUGCAUUGACUGCGGAGUUGCUGGUGGACAAAGCAAUGGAGCUACGAUUUGUCGGCGGUGUGUUCGGCGGAAACAUCAAACCAACGCCAUUCCUGUGUCUCACGCUGAAGAUGCUGCAGAUUCAGCCGGAAAAGGAUAUAGUGGUAGAGUUUAUCAAAAACGAAGAGUUCAAGUACGUCCGUGCGCUCGGCGCUUUCUAUUUGCGGCUCACCGGUUCCUCGCUGGACUGCUACAAGUACCUGGAACCGCUGUAUAACGACAACCGAAAGUUGCGGAAACAGAACCGGAUGGGUGCGUACGAGUUGAUCCAUAUGGACGAAUUCAUCGACGAGCUGUUAAGGGACGAGCGCGUGUGCGACAUAAUUUUACCCCGCAUUCAAAAGCGUCACGUGCUGGAAGAAAACAAUGAACUCGAGCCCAAAGUAUCCGCUCUGGAGGAUGACCUGGACGAGGAGAUGCCGAGUGAAGAUGAAGCAGCGGAGGAAUUGCCGACGCCACCACCGGUGAAGGAGAAAAAGAUUGAACCAUCGAAAGUGAAAGGAAGCAACAAACGGACAGAGCGGUCUGUGUCUCGAGAACGUCAACCCAUCGAACGGUAUCGCAACUACGAUGGUGGCAAUUACCGUGAUCGUGAAAAUGACCGGGACAAGGAUCGGGAAAGGGAACGAGAGCGUGAUCGGGAUAGAGACCGGGAUCGGGAACGAGAGCGUUACAAGGAAAUGGAUCGUCGCGAUCGCCGAGAUCCAUACGGCGAACGGGACCGGCUUAAAGAGCGGGAGCUUCGCGACAGGGAACGCGAAAGGCAGCGGCGCCACGAACGCCAGGAGGAGCGGGAACGCGAACGACGUAGAGAGCGGGAUCGGGAUCGGGAUCGCGAGCACGAGGAACGAUCCCGCGGCCAUGACCGCGAGCGUGAUUAUGAUCGAGAACGACGGAGACGAUAGAAUAUACCGGAGAGCUACAAGAACCAAUCUGCGGAACACCCAUUCGUAAACGUUUAUUGAAUAACCUUGCAAAGCUUGCGAACCGAACAUGAACUACUUCA